GGCUUCGAACAAAGCAGAACAUACUCGAAGGCGCAGCAAAACGUUCUGGCACUCUUUCCAACGAGCAUCGUUGUAACCAACGCACCUUUUGCGUUUCAUAGCUCAUGCUAUGAAACGGCGAAUCUCUCAUGAAAGGCUUUCUUCCUACACGACGACGACUCGAUUUCAUUUCCUAGGGAAGACGCUGGGGAAACAAGGAAGCAGUGUCGGUACUUGUUACCGCAUAUUCGAUACGAUCCACUCAUGACCAGCGACGCCCAACCCCGAUCUGGUGACGAUAGAAAUGCCGACUUGUACUCUGUGGACGACGACAGCAGCGACGCCAGCUCGUUGGACUCGGACGGAUCGAGCGGUUUUAGCCAAAUCCGGACCACAAGCAAGACGUCUGGUUCCAUGUGUCCAGAGGACGAGGGGUCAGAAACGAGCACGACCUUUUCCGCCCCGGGCGUCGGCCACGGCAGCUGCCGUAGCCGUAGCCGCAACAACAAUAACCACAGUAACACGGAGAACUCGCCGUCGUCGUUUCUACCUUUGGCUGGUGAUGCCGAUUUCGAUUCGGGGGCAAGAAUUGCGGAAGGAGAAUUCCAUUCGUUCCGCAGCACUUCGGUAACCCACUUUCUGGCAGCGGUGGGGGAUCCGGGCGAGGGCAACGCGCGUGUCGAUUCUUUGGGAUCGCCCGAAGCCACGGACGACAUCAUCGAAGCGGACCACGAAAGCAGGACGGGAUCGUUUGUCGACGUGAUUUCUACGAAAAAGGGUAUCCUGGUCAUGGCCAUAUGCACCGCUAUGUUUUUUGUGCUUGACAUCGUCCUCUUGUGGUUUUGUAUUAAACCGCCCAAGGCAGAAUGAUUAAUGUUUCCCUGCACACGGUUUGGUGACCAAGAUACAAGACAUUUUUCACUCCACUGUUGUCACUUAGUUUUUGAAACAGGCAAAAAGUAUCCACCCGUAUAACGUUGGCAAUAAAAUGCGAAACUUUCUUUUUUAGGGGCGAAAAAUUAUUCUUCGUUGUGGUUGUUCAACAGCGUUUGCGAUCGUUCGUUGUAAUGGGUCCAAUUGGAAUCCUUUUUUGAUUCAAUAUGAUGCAACAUUUCAUUGUACGUUGAGUAUCUUCCCAUAGGGGGCUCAAUGUCUGUUUCGGGGUGGAAUAAUGUGAAAUUGUAAUGGGGAGUAUGCUGCUGGGCUUUGAGUAGACCAAUUCGCCAAAGAUUGAUCAUUUCUGCCUGACUGUCGCUUAUCUUUAAGAUUCCGUCGUAUCUCGUGUAUUCGCCCUUUGACACGUUCACACGCAGGUCUUGCUCCCAAGGUUUGGUUCUACCGGUAAAGUGAUGAAAAUCUCGGUAGGGAGGAGAUAGGUUUCCUUUCCGAAAACAUGAAUGCGGCUUCAAGGGAUCACCGGAAACUAUGUUCUCUAUAUGAACAAUAUCGCCCCCGUCUCCGGUGCUGGACCAUUGUUCUAUGUCUUUUCCGAUGACGAUGGAAACGCUCUUUUUGACAUAUUUUGUCCAGUAGUAGAGUAAACCUUGAUCGGCAAA